ACGAGCCAAGCGGACGGUCCCGGCACCUAUACACUCGUCUUGACCGACGAUGGAUCCUUGUAUACACAAGGGCGACUAGUACCGGCUGCAUCGAACCCGUCGCUGCCCGACGUCGACGACCGAGGCCCGCGUUUCAAACAGCUCAUGACGCCGCUCCACGCUCCACCGCACGUCACGACGCCGACGCACCUCAAGCUUCCACUGCCGAUCGUCGCCAUCGCCUGUGGCGCCGAGCACGCGAUCGCAAUUGCAUCCAACCGAACGCUCUUUGCCUGGGGUUACAAUACCUAUGGCCAGCUGGGGCUAGGGGAUUUCGAAGCAAAAGACGAACCGACGCCUCUACUGUGCCGGGAGCUCAGCGUCCGGUUGCAUCAAGCAACGGGACGCAGCCAGUACCGCCUUGUCACGGGUGCCUUUACGACUGCGCUCGUGUUUCCCGAUGCGGUGUGGGUCUGGGGCCGCCUCGCGUCGCUGGACCUCUCGCCGUCCCCCGACCCAAGAGAAAGCCCGCAUGUUGCGCGGAUCUUGGCCAUUGACGGACCGCUCGUUGACAUUCUGUUUGGCCUGGACCAAGCACUGGCGUUAACGCACAGCGGCGCGCUGUACACGUGGUCGACGCGAUCGCAAGCCGGUGUGCUCCCCGUGCCUAUGCCCGAGCGGCCCGUGCUUCAAAUGGCGCUCGGCAGCAAGCACGCGCUGGCGUUGACCAAAGCCGGUCACAUUUACGCCUGGGGCGCCAAUGGUCUUGGGCAGUGCGGCGUCGGAACCUUUGCGUCGUUGAUUCCAUCGCCGCAGCGCGUUCUGGGCGUGCCCCUACUCAACACCGCCAGUGUGCGCUUGGCGUGUUUUGGUCAUGCGUCCUUGCUGCAGAUCGAUCAUGGCCAGUUGAGCUUUGUAUGGGGCGUCGUCGGGCCGGUGCUCUGCACGCACACGCCCGUGGAGCUACCGCCAUUUCGCAAGGCGCCGCCGCCAUCGCCCCCCGUCGGCGUCCUCGGGACGCCACACAGUCUAGGAUUUGAGCGGUCUCUGCCCAAAAAGACGAGCCUCUAUACACUCGGCCCCAUCGUCUGCAAAGGACGCGAGCACAUUGGCGAUGUUGCAAAAUUGCACUUGUCCCGCGGCGCUCUGACCAUCCAGCCGAUCUACGAGCACGCGUCACCGGCGCUGGCGGUGCUGGCAACGCCACUGCUAUCGACCAAAGGCGUCUUGACCGUCUCGCCGAUAGAGAGUAGCACCAAAGGCCUCUACACUAGCUGGUUCCACGCGCAACACAGCGGCACGUGGCAGCUGUGGCUCGCAUCAAGCCAGCAAACGGCUUCGCUCGUCGUCGGUGGCCCCUGGACGCUCAAGGUUCAGCUGUCCGAGGCGGUGGCGCCGAGUCGCCAGACGACCCCCGCCUUCGACCACCCGCGCCUCGCACACGUGGCCGUUCAAACAAAUGCGUCAACCGUGUGGCAUGCGACGUCACCCGAGCUGCCGUGUCGCGUGACGAUGGACCACCCCGUCUUGCUCCGGUUCGACCUCGCCGGGUGUACCGACCUCAAUGACGACGAUUGGGCUGUCGAGAGCUUGGGAGCGACAGUGGCGACGACGUCGCACGCCAUCGAUCGAGUGGCCGCGACGAUGGUUGUCACACUCAAGUACAUAAGCGCGGGAACGUCGACUGUGGUGCUUCGCCGCAGUGGCCGCGCGCGACUACACCGCAAGGCGCCGUCGACGGUGGAGGUGCAUGUGACGUACAAAGUGGCCUCGGUGGUCCGGUGUGCACAGCUGCACCGGCUCGCGAUGCAGUCGUAUCUCUGCAGCGUCGACAACUCGAUACCCAAGCUCUGCGCGUGGAUCACUGGGCACAAGGAGCUCUCUCUGUAUCUGCAGCACUCGGUGAUCCUCGAGGUGCUCACACAACACCGCAUCACGUAUGGCUGGGACGUCUGGCGCGACCUGCAGUCCGAGCUACAGCAGUGGACGGUCGUUGCGUGGUUAGAUUUUGACGCGCUCCUCAAGAAACUCGCUACCUCCAAUACGAUGACGUCACCGCGCCACCAGCCAGCAAGCGUCGAGUCCGCGCUCGCAGCCGACGCAACGUGGUUUCUUUCGAUAUAUCCAGAGCCGCCGGCGCUGCACGGUGGUGGGCUAAGCGCCCGCCCCCACCCGCGAACGCCCCUCUCGAUGCAGGACCUCGUCGUACCGAGAAGCGCGCCGUCGGAAGCCGCCAUCCUCCUCGACGCCCACCCGUCGAUCGUGCUGCCCAUUGCGGCUCAGUACACGCUUUGGGGUGAUUUCUUAUUGGCAACAGCCCACCGCGAACCUCUCGAGAGCGGUUCGUGUGGCCUCUCGGGGCCACUUCACGAGCUACGACAGCUGUUGCUAGAGCGGCGUCGGUCGGCGCAGCGCUCGCUCCGGGAUCUCUACCAUCAUUUUCAUCGGGACCUCAAGUCAACUGGUGACGGGUUCGACUUGAGAGCGUUCCGAGUCGCGAUCAAUGACCUUCGGAUCAUGCUGACACCGGAAGAGAGCUUCGAUGCGUUCCAGCGCCUCUGUGUUGACGGAACGUCGCAUGUGGGCUUUGGCGCCUUUCGACUCUUCGUGCUCGAGCCAACGUUUCAGAGCUUUUGGCACACCUACGCGCCGCGCGUCAUCGCGACCCUUCGCGCCCAUAGCACGACGUCCAUCGAUGCCUGGAGGAAGCACUUCGAAGCGGCCUUCGAGCAGCUGCAGACAGGGAGCGGCUACGAAACCGUGCGCACAGCUGCCAACGGCGACUUGGACUGGGAGGUCUUUGCCCACGGCCUUCUGCUGCUAGUACCGUCCACGUCGCCGCGCGACCUCAUCCGCCUUGUCUACCGCUUUGAUACGCGAGGUGACGGCGUCGUGCAGGCGACGAACGUGCUUCGUGCGCUCCAUCAGUGGGCCACGAUGACGCUGGACGCACCGCGGACCGAGCGAGGAUCGUCGUCGAAUGUUUUGGCAAGAGACCGGCCCCAGAUUGACGCCUUCUCGAGCCACAAGGCGGUACAAAAACUGUAUCGAUCCCGCGCCCAAGCCUACGCACUCGAGACGUCCGAGGACGCAGCGCUCCUGCGGCAAGGCAACGAGCUGCUGACAAGAACGACCAAAAAGCCCGUGCACUGGCUUCUCGAACAAGGCCUUAGCUUUCGACCGCAAGCUCGAGGACUCAGUCUGGACAAGCCGGGUGUGUACGAUGCCGCAGAGCUCUCAGUCGACCAACUGGAUAGUUGAUGGGUAGGUUUCAUGCACUAUCCGAUACUAUCCAAUGCGUGGUAUUGCAAGUCGGAUCUUGACUGGACCGACGUUCCGUGUUGCAGGAAAGACGCCAUCUCCAUCUCCUGCGCGAACCUGCAUUCUUGCAUAACAAGACGCUUGCAACAAGGGAAUUUCUCUUACCGUGCCGAAACCAAAAGUGACUUUAUUUUUGGAUAUAUUUUCAAACAAUUUUAGGACGAUUGUUUU